AGAAAGCCAUGCAAAGCAGCGUUACAACAGCCAGCAGCACGAGCCGCGCAUUGAAUGGAAGCACCAAGACUCUGGAUUCUACUUGGGUUACUUGCACAGAAACUGGGACUUUUACGGUAGUGCUGGAGGAAGAGGAAUGGGAAUCCUUUUAUUAUUCCUUCAAGACAGAACAGCUGGUGACCCUGUGGAUCCUUUUUGUCGUAACAGUUGUUGGGAAUGCCUUUGUUCUGUUCUCGACUUGGAGAAGGAAGAGGAAAUCCAGGAUGACCUUUUUUGUUACUCAGCUAGCCAUGACUGAUUGUUUUACAGGCCUAAUAAAUAUAAUGACAGAUAUAAUUUGGCGCUUCACUGGAGAUUUCAUGGCCCCUGAUCUUGUCUGCCGAAUUGUUCGCUAUUUGCAGGUUGUCCUUCUGUAUGCCUCAACCUAUGUCCUAGUAUCACUCAGUAUAGACCGAUACCAUGCCAUAGUGCAUCCAAUGAAAUUCCUUCAAGGCGAAAGGCAAGCAAAAAUUCUCAUUGUGAUUUCCUGGGGCCUCUCUUUCUUGUUUUCAAUUCCAACGCUCAUCAUAUUUGGGAAACGGGAACUAUCCAAUGGAGAAGUACAAUGUUGGGCUGCCUGGCCAGAUGAUUCUUACUGGAUCCCUUACAUGACUGUUGUUGCCUUCCUGGUGUAUUUUAUUCCCUUGAUUAUUAUCAGUGUCAUUUACUUCAUUGUGAUUCGGACAAUAUGGGCUAAGAGUAAAGCCCAUGCAGUGGUUGUGUCCAAUUGCUCUGAUGGCAAAUUCUGUGCUAGCUUCAACCGUCGAGGCCUCAUAUCCAAGGCAAAAAUCAAAGCUGUCAAGUACAGUGUAGCAGUAAUUCUUGCUUUUGUGCUCUGCUGGAGUCCUUACUUUCUCUUCGAUAUCCUGGACAACUUCAGUGUCCUGCCUGAGACCAAAGAACGCUACUAUGCAGCAGUGAUUAUUCAGAACCUGCCAGCUUUAAACAGUGCCAUCAACCCUAUCAUAUAUUGCAUUUUCAGUGAUGCUGUUUGCCAUGCUUUCAGGUGCUAG